AUGGAGUUGUUGGGACCUUCUGAGACUCCAGUGGAUAUUUAUCACAUCCUGGGCACGAAAGGGACUAUUUUUGUCCCGGAAAAUACCCUUUGGACCUACGAUCCGGACACGGCGGACAGAUAUAACCAAGAGGCUGGGUGGAAAACUCCAAUGGCACGCAUUACACUUCAUGUCGCUCAGGCGAUUCAAUUUCAACAACAGGCAGAACAUUUGGCAAGAGUGGUUCGUGACUUAGAAGACCCUCUUUGCUCGGCCGAGGAUGCACUGGUAGCAGUCUCCGUUUGUGAGGCUAUUGUUACAGCUCUGAAGGCCAAGGACGGACUCCCCGUUUCAGUUUAG